CUCAAAGUUCCCAUCGUACAAAAGUAAGAUGGAGGAUCUCGCAGUCGAAGUAUGCGGCGAGAAUGGGGCCUAUUACAAGGCCUUUGUGACGGAUGUAUUUGAUGAAGAAGUGUCAGUAGCCUUUGAAAAUGAUUGGCAACCAGAGUCCAAAUUUCCAUUUUCCCAAGUGCGUCUUCCCCCAGAAGGUGUCCCAGGAAAACCUGACUACACAGAAAAUCAGGAAAUUGAGGUAUAUUCUCGGGCCAAUGAUCAAGAGGCGUGUGGCUGGUGGAAGGCCAUCAUCAAGAUGAUAAAGGGUGAUUUUCAUGUGGUCGAGUACUUAGGUUGGGAGAACACGUAUACUGAAAUUGUCGCGAGUGAAAGGCUGCGGCCCAAGAAUUCAAAUACCCCCAUAGAUAAAACCACAUUCUACAAGUUUGAGAUUGAAGUACCUGAAGAUCUGCGUGAAUAUGCAAAAAUGGACAAUGCUCAUAAGGAGUUUCAGAGAGCCAUAGAUGCGGCAAUCUGCCGAUACGUACCAGAAAGAGGACUCCUGAGUGUGAUCUCGCGAACCGAGCAAUCAAAAAAGCGUUCAUCCAUGCUUCAAGAGAUGCAUUUUAGGAAUCUAAGUCAGAAGGUGCUGUUGCUGAAACGAACUGAGGAAGCGGCCAGGCAAUUAGAAUCGACCAAGUUGCAGAAUGUUGGAGGCAAAUUUAGGCCUUCAAACUUUAUAUAUCAGCGUGUCUCAAACUAUGAGGCAGGGGUGAGAGCAAACGCAAGAUACUCGGACGAGUUUAGUGUACGCGAAGAUCUCAUGGGACUUGCGAUCGGUGCUCACGGUGCAAAUAUUCAACAAGCACGGAAAGUAGAGGGCAUCACGAACAUUGAACUUGAAGAGAAUUCGUGCACUUUUAAAAUUUAUGGGGAGACUUCUGAAUCUGUUAAAAAGGCCCGUAGUAUGUUAGAAUACAGCGAAGAAUCCAUUCAAGUACCUCGGAUUUUGGUGGGGAAAGUAAUUGGGAAAAAUGGGCGUAUUAUUCAAGAAAUAGUGGACAAGAGUGGGGUGAUAACAACAGGCUCGAGUGGGAAUGUACAUACUAUUAAAGUGCGGGUCAAAAUUGAAGGAGAUAAUGAGCCACAGCCAACGAUCCCUCGCGAAGAAGGUCAAGUUCCUUUUGUGUUUGUAGGUACCGUAGAAAGCAUAGCGAAUGCAAAAGUUCUUUUGGAAUAUCAUCUAGCACAUUUAAAGGAGGUAGAAGCAUUAAGACAAGAAAAAUUAGAAAUUGAUCAGCAGCUACGCAGUAUACACGGUUCCACAAUGGGCUCAAUGCAGAAUUUUCCGAUUCAAAGGCGCAAUGACAGGGGUUAUAAUUCAGACAUGGAUGGAGGCAGCAGCCGAGGCCGAGGUGGGCCAAUGAGAGGGCGUGGACGGGGCCGUGGGGGCCCUGGGCGUCAUGGUGAUGCCAGAUUCAAUGCCGGUUCACGCCAUCAGACACCAGACACUGCAGAUGAACGUGUGAGAGAUUUGCCACCAAGGCAACACCAGUACCAAGCAGGGCCAAGGCCAAACACACAUCCCUCACGUCAGCCGUUGCGUCGUGACCACCGCCGAGAUGAACGCAGGCGUAUGACAGAUGAAGAGGAUACGGUGAUGGAUAGUCAGGAUGUUUCAAGCGUUGAUAGGGAAUCAGUGUCGAGUGUGGAGGGUUCCCGCACCCGUCGACGCCGUCGUAGACGUAGGACGAGGCCCCGUAGCCAGACGCCCUCGGGCGAGCAUGUGGACUGCGGGCCUAGUGACCACCUUCCAGGAGGUAAUGCUGAUAUACAGGGUGGUGGUGCUGCCCCAGGCCCCAGUGAUCAGUCUGCAUUUACAAGCAAAGAAGGAACACCAGCUGCAGAAGGGCCACCUAAAACUCAGAGAGAACCAAAAUCCCGCAGUCAGAGGCCACCGGCAUCUAAGCGAUCUGAAGGCAAAGCCAAGGAAACAAUGGUCAAUGGCACAUCUGUCUAGGCUUGUGCAAUUUUGUCUCAGACGCACAAUGUUUGACAAACUGCACAGUAGUUCUGGACAUUUCUCAUCUACGAUUAAAACAGGAAUACAUGGAAAAUGUAUACAUGGUUUAUAUUAAGAACAAAGUGCCAAGAAAAUGGUAAUUGGGACCUUUAGAUCAUAUUCACAGAAGGCUAAUGCUUUAACCACAUGUGGGAUUGAUAUGGGGUUUAUAAAUUACUGAAAGUUACAUUCUGUGAAUUGUCCAGUGAUAAAUAUACACUAGUAUCCCACUCUUGUGUAAUUUGGUUCUCCUUGAUAUGUUCUCCUUGAAAUCUUGCAUUUUUACAAAACAUUUUGCAAGAUUUUGAGUCCAAAUUGAGUAAUUAAAAUGUUUUCUUUUCAUGUUGGUGAAAGUUCUUAUCAAUCUAGGUUGAUACAUAGCUGAAAGAAACCCUAUUGCAGGUUUUCAGUUAAUAAAGCUACCCCAUCACUUUGUGAUAGGAAGGCACAAGAAUUAGGUGUGAUGGAUGCUCACUCAUCUUGCACUUUAUAUAUACAGUGCAGCAGUGCCUCAACACACAAGAAAUUUCCCUCUUGUUCAGGGCUAGCUCAUGGUUGCCUUUUUUUAUACUUGCUACCAAAAUUUAACCCUCCCUUAUUUCCUCCUUUCAUUUUGUAGAGCAGAAUGAAACUUUUUUUUUUUUUGGGUUCGUAACAUAGUAAAGGGCAAGAUUUAUUAUUCCUGAUGAAUGACAUUUUUGUGUGAAUACUGUAGCUCACUUUGUAGGAGGCAGCUGUGUGUAAAGUUUGCAUAACAGCAGUAUUCAGAUGUUCCUUCUAGUAUUUAUUGUCUCAAGUUUGGUUACUUGCAUAGUGGAGUUACUUAACAUUUUUACCUGUAGUUGCAGCAGAGAUUGAAAUUUGUUGAAUGCUAACAAAUCUAGUGAUGAGUUGAGAGCUUUAACUUGUAAGGUGAAUACAGAAGAGAAAAUUAGAUUUAAAACCACAUUUUAAACAACUUACAGAAUUUCUUUCAAUGUCCAGUAUCUGGGAAAUUGGCAUUUUAUGUUUUGUGAAGAUUUACUGGCAUGUUAAUGAAUUAUAGUCGGAACAAAUAUUUGUUCCGCUACCAAUUUAUUUAACGCAUUUUGCAAAAUACCUAAUGUUUAAGUAAUAAUGUAUAUGAUUCUUUUCAGACUUUGUAUACCACAUACCUUUUUUGUUAUUUGUAAGAACUGUUAUAAAUAACACAUCUGAUGCAGGUAUACAUGAACUGUUGUAGUGUUCUUCAUGCAGCAUAUAAUUGUUUUGAUGAAUAUUUCCUGGCUUGUACCACUGCAUCUUUAUAUCUUAACUGGAGAACCUUGCAGAAAAUAUGCUCUGCAGUUAGGACAGAGACGGCCUGCAAUGACUUGUUAACUUUGUGUUCUCUUAGUGAGCAGUAUUUUCUUGUUACAUAUUGGCCAGUGAAAGAACAAAGAUAAAUUUCCAUACUUCAUUCAUAAUGGUUGUGCUCAUAAGCUCGCUCUCUGGUCAAGCUUACUGCAUAGCAGAAUGAAGCCGUAAUAAUCUUGUGCGUAGAACAUGGGAAAAGUUGCUAUCAUAUUUUUCCACCCCUGUUUACAUUUGAUAUAUUUGUGUGGUUUCCUGACCUCAGUAGUCAUGGCACAGUGUAAAUGUUCUGUUUUUAUGUAGAAAAGCGUAACACACAUUGAUGAUAUCCAUUAUUCUGGUGUAUGAAUUUGGUCUUUUGAAGAUUACAGCAUUAAGAUUCAGUACAUUGUUAUUUAGAAAGAAAGAAAACUUAUACAGAACAGAAUAGCAGCUCUGUUACGAUGCAAUAUUUCUUUCCGAGUAUAGAUGUAUCUCUAGUACCAAUUGGUCAGUUGUGUAGUGUGUGCUGUGUCCAGAUUUAUGUUUGGAGUGCGUUUAUGUACACACGAUCCGCACAUGGAAUGGCGAGUCGAGGCAGAGCGUAGGACUUCAGAAUAACAAAGUGCCCUUUUUUAAUAAACAAUAUUCCUUAGAUAUACACUUCUUUCUGAUCAGUGUUUUUGUUUCUUUAUCCUGAAUAAUGCUUAGGUUCAGUUGAGACAGUUUUAAUUUCAGUUUCUUUGAUGGUUCGUGUACGCAUUACUAGCAACUCUUACUGGAUAUGUCUGUGUAACUGUAGAGUAAGUACCAAAUGAUGACUGAAAAAAAGCUUUCUGUUACAUGCUGAAAACCAACUGUUGUGAACUUCAAGAAAUGUAUCCUGAUAUAUAAUUAUAUCAAGUAUGGAUGGAGAGAAUGGACUUGCAAGAAUGGUAACAUGUUGUACAGCUACAAUGGAUUGUUCAACAGUGUUCAAAGAAACACCACACCUGUGUCUUACUCAAGUUGUACGUCUUUGUGUGAAUCUCCAAACAUGUCCUGACAGAAAAAAAAACAGACUAUCUUUAAACUGUGAGUGAUUUUUAUUUUGAACAUAGGUCAUUCAGCAUCAGUAACGUUGCAUUUGUUUAAAAAGCAAUAUUAUAGCUUCUUCCCCAGUUUGCUUGUUGAGAUAGGUUUGUAUUGAUCUUGCAAUGUUUGCAUAAUUUAAGAAUAAACCAUUUCUGUACAUAA